CAAAAACAAAGAGGAUAUUACGUUGGUGCAGAGUAGGAAGAGAGCGAUAAUGGCGUUUAAGGGUUUCGCGUGGUUUUCGAUCCUUUUGUUAUCUUUGUUCGCUUCGUCCAUAAGAAGCGAACAGUCGGAGACGAAGGAAUUCGUCUUGACUCUGGAUCACUCUAACUUCACCGAAACCAUCAACAAGCACGACUUCAUCGUUGUCGAGUUCUACGCCCCCUGGUGUGGUCACUGCCAGAAGCUUGCUCCCGAGUACGAGAAGGCUGCAGCAGAGUUGAGAAGCCAUGAUCCUCCCCUCGUUCUCGCCAAGAUUGAUGCUAGUCAGGAAUCAAACAAAGAAUUUGCAAAAGAGUACAAGAUUCAGGGUUUCCCCACUAUUAAGAUUCUGAGAAAUGGAGGAAAAUCAAUUCAAGAUUACAACGGACCUCGUGAGGCUGAGGGUAUUGUAACUUACCUGAAGAAGCAAAGUGGACCUGCUUCAGUUGAAAUUAAGUCAGCUGCUGCUGCUUCUGAGGUUGUGGGUGACAAGAAUGUUGUUGCUGUUGGUGUGUUCCCUAAGUUAUCCGGUGAGGAGUUUGAUUCUUUCAUGGCCCUUGCUGAGAAACUGCGCGCUGACUAUGAUUUCGCACACACUUUGGAUGCUAAGCUUCUUCCUCGUGGAGAGUCAUCUGUUGCAGGACCUUUAGUGAGGCUAUUCAAGCCUUUCGAUGAAUUGUUUGUCGAUUCCAAGGAUUUCAAUGGGGAAGCUCUAGAGAAAUUUGUCAAAGAAUCAAGCAUUCCACUUGUCACCGUCUUUGAUAGUGAUCCAAGCAACCACAAAUAUGUUGCCAAAUUCUUUGACAGCCCUGCCACUAAGGCAAUGAUGUUUGUAAACUUCACCGGAGAAACAGCUGAUUCUCUAAAAUCAAAGUUCCGUGAAGUUGCUACAUCCUACAAAGGACAAGGUCUUGCCUUCCUUGUGGGUGAUGCUGAGAACAGCCAAGGCGCUUUGCAGUACUUCGGACUCGAAGAGAGCCAAGUUCCACUCGUAAUCAUCCAGACUACUGAUAGCAAGAAGUAUUUGAAAGCAAAUGUUGAGGCUGACCAAAUUGAAUCAUGGAUGAAGGACUUCAAGGAUGGGAAAGUUGCAGCCUUCAAAAAAUCUCAGCCUAUUCCAGCUGAGAACAACGAACCAGUGAAGGUUGUUGUAGCUGAGACCCUUGACGACAUAGUCUUCAAGUCAGGAAAGAACGUCUUGAUUGAAUUCUAUGCACCGUGGUGUGGACAUUGCCAAAAACUUGCCCCGAUCCUGGACGAAGUGGCAUUGUCGUUCCAGAACGACCCAAGUGUGAUCAUAGCGAAACUAGACGCAACCGCAAAUGAUAUCCCAAGUGAACCCUUCGAUGUUAAAGGCUUCCCGACCAUUUACUUCAGGUCAGCGAGUGGAAACAUUGUACCGUACGAAGGAAGCAGAACAAAGGAAGACUUCAUAAGCUUUAUUGAGAAGAACAAGCCAACUUCUCAUGGUGAAGAUUCUACUACUAAGACUGAGGAAUCGAAGAAGACUGAUGAAUCGGCCGCAAAGGACGAGCUGUAAAAGUCUUUUGAGUUUUUAUUUGUUUUCUAAUGGAAUUUGAGUAGGAGCAUUUCUCUUCUUCUCCCUAUCCAUCCGAGUUUUUAUUUUAUAGUUACAGUUUCUUCUUCUUUUUUUUUUGCUCUCUCUUUUUCUGCCAUUGGAACUCAAAAGUCUCUCACCAAUAAAAGUUUCGAUCAAAAGAAACCUAAUAAAGUAAUAAUCAUCUAAUUCGUUUGACUG